CACCUACAUUACAUCUACCCGAGUGUAUAGUUAAAGUAAACUAUUAUAACAGUGUAAAUUACUCUUUAAAGUAAAUAAUCGACAGAACUACAGCUUAUUAAAAAAUUUUCAAUACGUGUAAAAAAAAAACGUACGACUUACCUACCGCUUGUACAAAUAUUGGAGGAGGCAAUUAGUGAUUCGUAAAAUUAUAAUCCGAGAAGAACGUAAAUCGUGGUGUGUUAAUCGUAUAAGAUAGAAUAAGACGUGCGGUGUGAAUCAAAUUUUAUUUUGUACCUCCCGGUUUUGCUCAGAAUAACUUACUAGUACAAUUAUAUCUGAAAUUCGAAUGGUGAAAAAAAAAUUGAGAUGAACCUGCAAUGAGUGAUUAUACGCUAUCGAAAAACGCCAUAGGUAGAGUAUUUUGAUUCGAACCGACGAAAAGAAAUGUAGAAAACUCGAACAUGAAUUAAUCGCGGAGUUCCGAAAAUCGAUAAUCAAAGUUUUCAUGGAAUUGCUGAUCAAAUUUGGACUGUGCUAUGAUAGAAUGGUUUUUUUUUCUUCAAAACAGAAAAAUCUAAAAAUUUACUAAAGACUCCAGAACAGUUUUAAAAAGAAAUCUUAAGAAUUUCAAAAUACUUAAGCUACACCUACACUUACAUAUACUAACCUUACAUUGGUUUUCAUUGUACAGUUUUUUUUCUGUCUACUGCUUAUAUUUGAGGAAAUUGUUAGAUAGAAUACCUAAUUAAAAGAGAUAGGUACACCGUACAAAUAUGACGCCCGAAAAUCACACCAAUAACAAUAAAAACAGCGAAACUAAUUCUGAUAGUCAAUCACAUACACCAACGCCUGCACCACCACCUACUACUGAUAUUAACCCCACUGUGUAUAAUGUGGGUAGUGAUGAUUUCAUUUUGGUCGAUGAAGUUGGCCCGAAGAGAAAAGUUAGCGUUAAAGAGACCAUAGAUGCGGUCUACCCAUGGAUGGAAAAUAAAUUCCGACGGUCUCUCAGCAUAAGAAAUGUACUAAAAAAGUUUCCAAUCUUGAACUGGUUACCAAAAUACACCACAACUGAUGCAUUGGGAGAUCUCGUUGCAGGCAUUACUGUCGGUUUGACGGUAGUUCCGCAAUCCUUAGCAUACGCUAAUAUAGCUGGAUUACCACCACAGUAUGGAUUAUAUGGCUCAUUCCUUGGAGCAUUCAUGUAUAUAUUUUUGGGAAGUUGUAAAGAUGUUCCAAUGGGUCCUACUGCUAUUGCUUCACUUUUAACGUAUCAAACGUUACAUUCUUUAAAUCCUGAUGGACUCGGACCUGAAUAUGCAACCCUCUUGUGUUUUCUUACAGGAGUUAUUCAAUUAUUCAUGGGUUUGGCCGGAUUGGGUAUUGUAAUAGAUUUUAUAUCAGGACCAGUGUCCUCCGGAUUCACUUCAGCUGUAGCUCUUUUAAUAAUUACUUCUCAGCUCAAAGAUAUUUUCGGUAUCCCAGGAAAAGGUACCACAUUUCCUGAAAUGAUGGGAAACUUAUUGAGCAAUAUUCAAGGUGUACGUUCGGGUGACACAAUUCUUGGUAUUGUUUGCAUAGUUGUGUUACUUUUGAUGCGCCUCUUGGCAGAUGUCAAAAUAGGAAAAGAAGACGAAGAACUCUCAUUAACUAAAAGAGUCAUCAAUAAAAGUCUGUGGCUGAUUGGAACGUCGCGAAAUGCAAUUUUAGUUCUGAUAUGCGGAAUUUUUGGAUAUUAUGUUUAUUCGAAAAACUGGUUUUUAAAUAUAGGUUAUAUUCCUCCUGGGUUACCUCAAGUACAAUUUCCACAUUUUAGCGCUGAAAAUAACACAGUCAGCUUUAUAGAAAUGAUUCGACGAUUAGGAUCUGGUGUAAUUGUAGUUCCUUUAAUUGGAGUCUUAGAAAACAUAGCUAUUUGUAAAGCUUUUGCUCAUGGAAAAGUAGUAGAUGCUAGUCAAGAAUUACUCGCAAUUGGGCUAUGUAAUAUUGGAAACUCCAUGGUUCAAAGUUAUCCAGGAACUGGUUCAUUGUCUCGUAGCGCUGUAAAUAAUUCUAGCGGUGUACGUACUCCAAUGGGGAGUGUUUAUACGGGUAUUUUAGUAGUCCUGGCUUUAUUAUUUUUUACUCCUUGUUUCACAUACAUUCCUCGAGCUUGUUUGGCUGCUGUUAUCAUUGCAGCUGUAGUUUUUAUGGUUGAAGUACGAGUAGUGAAACCAAUUUACAGAUCAAAAAAAAGCGAUCUAAUUCCAGGUUUAGCGACUUUCGUCGCCUGCUUAAUUUUACCCUUAGAAAUAGGUAUUCUUAUUGGUAUCGGAUUAAAUUUGGUAUCAAUUUUAUACCACGCAGCUCGGCCAAAAAUCUCAAUCGAAAUUCACAAAACUAGAGCAGGUAUUGAGUACUUGCUCAUAACUCCAGAUCGCUGUCUAAUUUUCCCUUCUGUGGACUAUGUUAGAAAUUUGGUAACGAAGCACAGCAUGAAGAAGGAAAUCCCAGUAGUUAUUGAUUGUUCUCAUAUUUACGGAGCUGAUUUUACAGCUGCCAAGGUUAUUGAAAUUUUGACUCAAGAUUUUUCAAGAAGAAAGCAAGGAUUAUUUUUCUAUAAUCUGAAACCUAGUAUUGCUGCAAUCUUCGAAGGAGUUCAGCCCAAAAAUUUUUUCAUAUAUUAUGAUAAGCACGAAUUGGACAAUCUAUUACGAAAUAAUUUAUUAAGCGAAAUCUGUAUAGAAAAAAAAGAGGAGAUUCGCUAGGUACCGGGAUACUUAUCUCGAAACUCUCACUUGCAAAAAUCAAUGCAUUAUGUUUUAAUUAAAUUUGUUGUACCUUACUAGUUAAGUUUAGCUAAUAAACUAUUCCAUUGUAUUGUUUAAA